GGGCAGGGGGCGCUCUCCCCUGGUAUUGGGAGGUGCCGUUGGGCAGAGCAGUGUGGGGCCAGCACCCUUGGUGCUAUCACUACAAACACAGGAACUAGCCCCCCCGCCUCCCCCAGCGCAGGAAACCACAGGGGCGGAAGCGCCGCUCAGCUUCUGGGACUUGGUGCCGAGCCACCCGCGCCCUGGGGGGCCGAGGGGAGCAGGCGGCAGGUGCAGGGGGGAGCCCAGGGAUGCGCUGAGCGACCAUGGAUGAGGAGGGGCCGGCGGAGCAGGAGUCAUGGUCCCCGGUGCAUCGGGAGCGGUCCCAGACCUCGGGGUCCCUGUCCGAGGGCUCGGGGAAGAAGCGGAAGCAGCAGGGGGUACCUGGCAUGGGGCAGCGGGGGCCUGAGCCCCAGACCUCCGAUGACAAGGAACCCUGCACCAAACGGGUGAAACCUGUCGCCAAGACCCUGUCGGGCUCGGGGCCCCCGUCGGCCAAGGUGACACCCCUGAAACGCCUGAGCCAGUCGAUCCAGAGGUCCAUCAGCUUCAAGGCGGAGCCCCGCCCCCCAGGCUACGUCCCGCCCCCCCGGGCCGGGGGCUGCCGGCGCCGCAGCAGCAAACUCUGGAGCGAGACUUUCGACCGGGUCAGUGAGGAGCUCUCGGCCCAUGAGGUGAAACGACAGGAGGUGAGGGGCGGGGCCAGUCGCAGGGGGCGGGGCCAGCAGCUGCCAAUAAACGUGUGA